AUGCAGGCCAAUCUCCCGCCGCCGCCGCUGGUAAGCAUCACGUUUAGCGGGCAGCCUGCCUUGUCGACGGGUGUUGUGAACCUCCGGGCGCUGCUGGGGAGUGCCGAAUACGUGCUUGUGGGGACGGUCCAGGCGAGGACGCGUGCGGGUAGGGCGGCGACUGCCGACGCCGCAGAGGAUCCGGAUGACGCCUACACCGAGGAGGAAGCGGAGGAUGCCAGCAGCGGCGAGCACAGUGGCAGGCCCGCUGGCUCUGCGCGACGGCGGCUGCAGCUGUGCGAACACGCCGGACUGCCGCUGGGGUGUUUUUUCGUGGAGGCUGGCGGCAGCUACGAGGUGGUACGGCGCGACGACAUCCAGUGGGGGUCGCUGAGUGGCGUCCCGCGGGGCCGCGGGGCCGCGGCGGCGGUAGCGGCGGAAGCCAUGGAGCCGCCCAAGGCGUAUGCGGACCGUGGGGCGGAGGCGGGGGAAGCACGCAAAAAGCACAGGCGGGAGGGCAAGCGGCAGAAGCGCGAGGAGCGGGCGGAAAAGGCAGAAAAGGAGAAAAAGAGCAAGCGGGAGCGGCAUCGCAAGGAGCGGCGGGCGGCGGUGGCGGCCGCUGUCACAGCCGCAGCCGCAGCUGGGGCACCGGACACUGGCAAAGACGGGGACAACGGUGGCAGCAGCGAUGGCAGUGCGCGGGGCGGGAACGAGCAGGCGGGGGCCGGCAAGGGGGCACAGCCAGGCGCCGGGGCGGAGAAGACAACAGGCGAUUACGCGGCUGACAGCGCCAGGGCAGCGAUGCAGCGUGUGCAUCUGGAGACGCCUCCCUCACCGACGCUGCCGGAGCCCGAGCCGGGGCCGGAAAAAGCGAAGGAAAAUAAGACGGCGGGGGCUUCGAGGAGGAAAACCGUGUCGCCCCCGCCCCUGGACGCACAGGAGCCCGCCCCGGUGCCGCGGCGGCGGCAGCGUCCACUGGACAGCCUGAGCAGUAGCCCCUCCCGUGAGCGCGACAACGGGCAGCAGCAGAAGCCACCGGUGGGGGAGGCGGUGGCAGAGGCAGAAGAACAAAAAGUAACUGGACGGAAACGAAAGGGUGCAAAGGGGCGGACGCGUUGCGACAGUGGGGUCGCUGCGGAAACGUCGGAAGGCGCCGCGUCGCCCUUCCACAGCCAUGCAUUGGCAGCUAACACGCAUGUGGGGCCGCACCUGUCGGGCGUGGUCGACGCUGCGGCCAGCGAAUCGGCGAGUGCAGCUGCGCCUGCCAACGCCACGGCAACUGCCUCCGUCACGAACGGCGUUGAGGGGAUUAGGAAGGAGGAAUCUCCCCUGCAAAAAGGAUUAGAAACAGCGACGAUUGAAGCGGACGAAGAGCAGGAAGAGGAAGUUACGAACGCGGAUGGUCGUGUUUCCGCGUACAUGCUGCGUAACGGCUGGACACCGCAGGAAAGCCCUGCCUUGGGGUUUACCUCCGUCGACAACACCCUGUCGCAGGAUUUCAGUCUGGACUCGUCCUCCAUCGCCUCCUCCGCGGACUACGUGUACUAG